GAUGACUGGUAUUGAGCAUGGGCUAAAGCAGGACAUAUUUCCUCUACAUUUUCUAUUUAUUCUAACUCCCACUCUUCGGGGUAUUCCAUAGAAAGUAACUCUAGUAGGUAUAGAUGCACUCACUUAUUCAGAGUAUAUAAAAUAUAUAACAAGUGUGUAGCAACCAAGGUUUUUUUUAAAUUUUUAUUCUGUAUUUGUAAGGCAGUCCUCCUCUACUAUAAAAGUAGAUUAGGAGAUGAAGAGUUGGGCAUUUUAGUAAAGCCUUAAGGGUGCCCUAAUAACCAGGACUCUGAUGCUUCAGACAAUGGGAUACUGACAAAAACAGAACAUGUGCUUCUGCAAAUAGUUGAGCGCAGAAGAAAAGGACAAGAUGAUAAGGAGAGGAACCUGAAUGAUGGGAACUUCAAGUACAUAAUUUGAGAAGGCUUGUAUGCGGGGUGUGGGCUGGGAAAUGGCACAAGAUGAAGUUGGAAAGAAGUAAACCAAGAUAACAUUUUCAAGAUGGAAAGUCCUUCGGACUCAGCUGUGAUUUUACCUAGCACACCACAGGGCUGUGCCAGUCUACCAUCUCCCCAUACAAGUAGUUCAAGAAAGCAACCUAUGAGUGCAACACUUAGAGAACGAUUGAGGAAAACUAGAUUUUCAUUUAAUUCCUGUUACAGUGUGGUAAAACGUCUUAAAGUAGAGAAUGAUGAAAAUGAUCAGACCUUUCCAGAGGAACCAUCAUGUUCAACAGAAGAAAACUGUUUGGAAUUUCAAGAUAAUUUUAAGCACAUAGAUAGUGAAUUUGAAGAAAGUUCAUAUUUGAAAAAUACCAUCAAGAAUAUCAAUGCAUAUGAAUCUAAACCACUUGAUACUGGCUCUUGCAGUGAUCUCCAAAAUGACUUUGAUGAGAAUCUUCCCCAAAAAGGAUUAAAUGAAGAAAAGGCAAAAUUGGUGAAACAGAUUCAGGAGAAAGAAGACCUUCUUAGGAGGCUAAAACUAGUCAAAAUGUAUAGAUCAAAGAAUGACCUGUCUCAGUUACAGUUGUUAAUAAAGAAGUGGAGAAGCUGUAGCCAAUUGUUGCUUCAUGAGUUGCAGUCAGCUAUGUCUGAGGAGAACAAGAAACUCAGCCUUACUCAGCUGAUAGAUUACUAUGGGUUAGAUGAUAAAUUAUUACACUACAACAGAAAUGAAGAAGAAUUUAUAGGUGUUUAAUUCCUAAUUUUUUCUCCAGAAUAUUUUUGAGGAUGACAACUUAAAAAUUACUUACACAUUUUAGAGGGAAGAUGUAAACCAUUAGGGCUUAAAAGAAGGUAUCUUGAUGAACAUCAAUUUAGGGUACUCUGUUAGAUAAAUAUGUAAGUUCUAAAAUGAAAAUUUAGUAUUUUGGAUAAUCUGUGAAAAAAUUUGACAUUUAAAGAUAUGUGAAAAAAAUUUAAAUCAUGUUUUAAAUCAUAAUUUGGGCAGUUUUGGAAGUCAGUUAUAAUACUUUUUUUGUUUAUUAUAAAAAGAUGUUUUAUUUUAAAUGUUAAAAAAUAGUUCAUUCUGGUGAAUGAUUAAACCUAAACUGGUCUAAAAUGCCUGCCUGUCUCCUAAGUUUAUGAACCUUGUUUCCAUCAAUUUACCACAUAUUCCCAUCUGUAUGCUCUAUUAGGUAAUUAAACUCAUA